AUGGAGGAUAUUGAAAUCCCUGCAAGUGGUCCCCUCGUGGGAAAAAAGCUACUUUACUUCACUUCAAUAUUUGUUAGUAUCGGAGUAUUUCUUUUCGGGUACGAUCAAGGAGUUAUGAGUGGUAUUAUAACCGGCGCUCAUUUUAAGAACCAAUUCAACAAUCCUUCAAGUCUCCUCAUAGGUACCACAGUGGCAAUUUUAGAGAUUGGUGCUUUGGCUAGUUCGCUAAUGGUUGGCACCAUUGGCGAUAUCAUUGGACGAAGACGCACAAUCAGAUAUGGUGCCUUCACGUUCGUAUUUGGGGGAUUACUACAAACUAUUUCAAACACAAUAUCAGUUUUAAUUAUCGGAAGGCUUAUAACUGGUGUAGGAGUGGGCCUUUUAUCUACCACUGUUCCCAUUUAUCAGACAGAGAUAUCACCUCCUCACAACAGGGGAAAGCUUGCAUGCGUUCAAUUCACUGGAAACAUAUUUGGCUAUGCUAGUUCCGUCUGGGUAGAUUAUGCAUGUUCGUACAUUGAAAACAAUUUUGCUUGGAGAAUCCCUCUGUUUUUGCAAUGUGUUAUAGGCACAUUAUUGUUUCUUGGAUCGUUUAUUAUAGUUGAAACACCAAGAUGGUUGUUAGCCCAUGGUCAUGAUGCUGAGGGGAUAGUAGUUAUUGCUGAUCUUUACACAGAUGGAAACGUUCGGGAUGAGAAAGCUGUUAAUGAAUUCAAGAGCAUCAAAGAAAAUGUGCUAAUUGAUCGCUUAGAAGGCGAAAAAUCUUAUUCCGAAAUGUUUCGUAGGUACCCGAAAAGGCUAUUUGUUGCCAUGUCAGCUCUUGCAUUUGCCCAGCUCAAUGGAAUCAACGUGAUUUCUUAUUAUGCCCCCUUAGUGUUUGAACAGGCAGGCUGGGUUGGAAGAGAUGCAAUUCUCAUGACCGGCAUCAAUGCAAUCAUCUAUAUUCUCAGCACCCUACCUCCGUGGAUACUUAUUGACUCCUGGGGGCGUAAGCCAAUAUUGAUUUCCGGAGGCCUUACUAUGGGGGUGUCAAUGGUUUUGGUGUCUUAUGCCAUGUUUCUCGAUAUCCCAAAUACACCUGCAUUGGUUGUACUUUUCAUCAUAUCAGCAAAUUCUUCUUUUGCUUAUAGUUGGGGCCCCAUACCCUGGCUUUUUCCCGGAGAAGUGUUGCCUUUGUCGGUCAGAUCCAAGGGUGCUUCGUUAUCCACAGCAACGAACUGGCUGUGUAACUUCAUGGUGGGUGAGCUUUCUCCGAUUUUGCUGGAGAAAAUACAGUGGAGAUUAUAUCUUAUUCAUGGAUCAUCAUGUAUGCUAUCGGCUCUAGUGGUAUGGAUCCUGUAUCCGGAAACAAGUGGCGUCACGCUAGAGGACAUGGACUCAGUUUUUGAUGAUGCUUCAUCAAUCAUGUCCAGUGUGCACUCACGCUCAAACUAUGGUGCUGUUUUGGACGAUAAUGUUUCCUCAAGAUCCUUUGUCUCUCUGGCACAACAAGCAAGAAACCAGCCAUCACUUUCAACGGAACUUAAUUACUCCAGUAACCCAAAUAUAAAGGCUGGUGCUCCUUUUAUCUUACCUCAAGAUUUAGAGCCUCCAUCAUCUCAAGAGAUUACCGCCUAUAGAAGCAGAGAUAAUAACAGUUUGCGAGGCAGCAUUCGUAGAGGCAGUGAAUCAGUUACGUCUCUAUUUAAGUAA